AUGCUCUAUACUAUUAUACUUGAAUUCCUCAAUUUGGAAAGAGAUUUUAGUAUUGAGAGGGCUACAAAGUUAGGGGCUAAAGUUUUCACUGGCACAACCGAUCUUGCAGUUGUGCAGGUAUGGAUGACCAAGAUAGAGAGAGUAUUUGAUAUUAUAGAUUGCUCAGACGAUCGGAAGUUGUGUCUUAUCACUUUCUCAUUAGAGGAGGGUGCAUAUAAUUGGUGGCAGUCGGUACGAAGUACAUAUCUAGACCCUUCCAUCAUUACUUGGACAGAUUUUAGUCGUAUAUUUUAUUAUGCCUAUUACCCUAGGUCCUAUAAAGAUGCAAGGCAGGAGAAAUUUUUGAAUCUAGUACAAGGACGAUUUGAAAAUGGGUUAAGGGAAGAAAUUCGGUUAGUAGUAACAACUGCAGGCCGGAAUAUAUUUGGCAAAUUGGUGGAAUCAGCUUUAAGAGUAGAAAAGAGCAUUUCUGAUAGGCCUGAUGAUAGAGAACAAACAACUAUUUAG